AUGUCUGGCCCUGAAGACACAGCAGUCUGUUUGUGCCCAGAGCGAGAGGCUUUUGUGAAAUGCCACUUUGACUACGACCCGUCCCACGACAAUCUGAUCCCCUGCAAAGAGGCCGGUCUGAGCUUCACCAGCGGAGACAUCCUGCAGAUCUUCAACCAGGAGGACCUCAACUGGUGGCAGGCCUGUCACAUAGAGGGAGGCAGCGCGGGGCUUAUUCCCAGCCAGCUCUUGGAGGAGAAGAGAAAAGCGUUCGUGAAGAGAGACCUGGAGCUGGUGACCUCAGGUCCUUUGUGCGCUGGAAUGGGGGGCAAGAAGAAGAAAAAGAUGAUGUAUUUGACGACCAAAAAUGCAGAGUUCGAUCGCCACGAGUUGAGAAUCUACGAGGAAGUGGCCAAAGUUCCUCCGUUCAGAAGGAAGGUCCUGGUCCUGAUCGGAGCGCAGGGAGUGGGUCGGCGCAGUCUCAAGAACAAGCUGCUGGUGUCGGACUCCCAGCGCUACGGCACCACGGUCCCCUUCACCUCCAGGAAACCCAAAGCGGACGAGAGGGACAGCCAGAUGUACUGCUUCAUGAGUCGCCACGAGAUGGAGAGCGACAUCAAGAACGGGAAGUUUCUGGAACACGGGGAGUACGACGGAAACCUGUACGGCACCAAAAUCAGCUCCAUCCACGAGGUGAUCGAGACCAGCAAGAUCUGCAUUCUGGACGUGAACCCGCAGGCUCUCAAAGUGCUACGUACCUCCGAGUUCUUGCCGUACGUGGUGUUUAUCGAAGCCCCAGACUUUGAGGUGCUAAAAGCCAUGAACAGAACAGCCAUCGAGUCUGGAGUGGUCACCAAACAGCUCACGGACUCUGAGCUGAAGAGGACCGGAGACGAGAGCGAGCGAAUCAAGCGCGCCUACGGACACUACUUUGACCUGUGCAUGGUCAACGACGGCCUGGACGCAGCCUUCCGGAGUCUACGCUCGGCUCUGGACAAACUCUCCAUGGAGCAGCAGUGGGUCCCGGUCAGCUGGGUCUUCUGA